AUAACCAUAGACAAAGGGCAUAACCUAACUAAAUGUCUGGUCUCUAUGAGUUUUCCUCCUUGUUUGUAAUGUAAAUAAUACUUUUGAAUUGUAAACAAGUCUUCAACAUCUACAAACUCUGGUCUCCUAAACCAAAGUCUCUCUGAUGGUUUCAAUGUGAAUGUCGUUCCAUGGGAACUUGGAAACUAUUUCACGUCGACUGAUUUUAAUGGACUACACACCUUUUCAUAACGCCCCACAACAGGAAAGUAAAAGAUUCCACCAUCAUCAUGGAAAUAAUAUCGUACUUUCAGACGAGAACACUGUUGCAUAUAGAGUGCGAAGCUUCGACGGUGCAUCUAUUUACAGUAAUAAUCCAUUAGCUCCGGGUGAGUUAUUUCUGGUUGAAAUUGAAGAGACAGAAAGAGGUUGGAGUGGACAUAUGAGAAUAGGACUGACCCAAACAGAUCCGAAUACACUAGAGCAUGGCGCUCAAGAAUUCGAUGAAUUGAAUUACCCAAUUGGAUCUGCUUGGACUGUUGGUAUAUCAAGGACACAAAAAAUUUCUCAAUAUUUUAAAAAAUGCAAUUCCGAAGGUAGUGAAUGUGGUGACUCUAUUGCUAAUAAAAGAUUCAGUUAUGACAGUCAAAGUAUUAGGACUUGUAGAGGUAUAAUUCCAAGAUAUUUUCUAAAAUCAAGUAGAGCUCGAGGGGCUGAACUUUAUCCAAGUGAUGUAGGCAGUAGAAUAGGAGUUCUGUUUGUACCAACAUCUGAAAAUAAAGCAGAUAUGCACAUUAUCAUAAACGGAGAAGAUGAAGGCCCUUUAUCAACUGAUAUACCAUAUAAAGAUAGUCCUGUGUAUGUUUCCAUCAAUUUAUAUGGCACCACCAAAAAAAUCCGCAUUAUACAAUUGUCUUGUGUUCCAUCUCUGCAAGCAGCCUGUAGAGAAUCAAUUCUGCAAAGGGUACCAAAGAAUAUGAUUCAUUUAUUACCACUCCCUAGUUUACUGAAGAAUUUUUUGUUAUUUGAAGUCUAAAUCUACUGUUACAUGUAUAUGAAUGUACCUAGGCCAGAAUUUUCAAAUGUCUAUAGGAUUAUUAUCUUGUUACAGUGCUAAAUCAAUCAAUGAAAUCUUACCAAAACCUACUUUUGUUCAAGAAUUUGAUGAUGUCAGAAGAAAUAAUAACUCUAUAGGCAUUUGAGUAUCAGAUCAUUAUUCUUAAUUCUUGACUCAAUUCAAAUUUUACUCGUUGAAAAGUACAAAAACUAUUUUGAGUGGCUUUUAUUUAAAGAUCCAUAGAGAGUACUUUCUUUAAUUUAUUCAAGUAAUUCAUGUAUUCAAUAUUUCUAAUGGUUUUGUUAGUUAUAUUUCCUUCCUAUUUUUUGUUACAUCUUUUUAUGAACAAUGAACGUAUGUUGAAUUUUUUUCAUAUUUUAUGAAUAAAUCUUUACACUAUUAUAAAAUAAAUAAAACUUUACAUUAUUAUAACUUUA